AUGGUUGACCUUGACCUUGCAGAGUCGUACUCGAGCGGCCGUGGCCCCCAUGAGCUUGUGCGAAGCAAGGCGUUUCGAGGCCUUGGCCGUUCAUGCGUUUGGGGGUUCGCCGUGGGUUCCAUCGCUGUGCCUCUGCAUUGCAUCAGGAUCCAGUUGCAUUCAGCAAUUGACGCUUGCGAUUCGCACAACCACGCGGCCGGCAUCUGCAGGACCGAACCGCCAAGCCAGGCCCUGCUGGCUGACUACAUACGAGUUACCUGCCCGCCGGAGUCGACGGGGACAGAACUGUGGGCUGUCACCAAAGUGCGAAGCAGGGGUAAUGGAAGCAAGCAGCAUCCCGGCUCGAGUCGAGAGGCCCUGUCAUUGCUCUGUCUGUUGCUGAACAAGCGCAAGCACUACGCCAUGCCAUGCCUGGUCCUGUUUGUCGACCAGUUUCUUCCCGUUGCCCCUCUGUGUCGCGAGUGGUCCGAGGUUUCCUGCGUCUUUGUCCACGCGAAUGGGCAGGGCUCAGCUGGUUGCCGAGGAAGUUCUGUCUGGAUGGUCGACUGGCUGUGUUCUGUCGAAGAAUACUACCUGAGGUUGGCAGUCUUGCCCGACGCGAGCACCAGAUCCGGAUAUGCCGAAGAGUCGGCUCCCAGACCACGGCUGCAGCUUGACGGAUUGGUGGUGUUGACCAGGGGUUAUGGAGGCGACUUUGGCAGCAGCAUCUGA